GUGUCCCUCUCAGUGCUCUAACUCCAUUACAGCAUAAAAAGCUCCUCCUUUUUUUUUCCCUUCUUUCUCACGUGCAUGUGUAACCUUUUCACUCUCAUCCUCUCCUCUAUUUCACCACCCCUUAGGACCUCAUCCCUUCUAGCUCUCUCAUCUCACGCAUGGAAAAAAGUUUAGUUUUGGUCUUAAACUCUCUCUAGACUUUUGUGCUAGAAAGCAAGUAUGUCACUUGAAGCACUGUCUUCUAAUGAGUUCUUUAACCUUCUUAUCAAUGAUGACUCAGUCUCAGCUCCCCUUGCAACCACUAGCCUUCUCUUCAACAGUACUGGUUUGAGUUUGUUAGGCAACUUUAAUGGAGACACUGGUAGUGGCAGCAGUGGUGGUGGUAAUGGUGGUGGUGGUGGUGGUGGUGCUUCUUUUUCUUCUAUGAUGAUGAUGCAUGGAGAGUUCUCAACGCCGGUGAACGGUGGUGACGUGAAGCCAGGGCAAAGUAGAAGGAAAAGACGGCGCAGGACAAGGAGCUGCAAGAACAAAGAGGAAGCUGAGAACCAGCGCAUGACUCACAUCGCCGUUGAGCGGAACCGCCGCCGCCAAAUGAACGAGCAUCUCUCUGUUCUCCGUUCUCUCAUGCCUGAGUCCUACGUCCAAAGGGGUGAUCAAGCUUCAAUUGUAGGUGGAGCCAUUGAUUUUGUGAAAGAGCUUGAGCAACUACUCCAAUCACUUGAAGCUCAGAAGAGAACACUAAUACAACAACAACAACAACAAGAUCAUCAUCAUCAUCAUCAUAACCAAAAAGUUGUUGGAGAUCAUGAUACUGAAGAUGUCCCUCCAUUUUCUCAGUUCUUUGCAUACCCACAGUACAUAUGGUGCCAUUCUGACAGGGAAUGCCAGCCGGAGAGUCACCGGGCUCCGGCAAUGGCUGAUAUUGAAGUCACACUCAUCGAAACUCAUGCAAAUCUUCGUAUUUUAUCUCCGAGACGUCCCCGGCAACUGCUGAAGCUUGUGGUCGGACUUCAAGCUCUUAGCUUAACCAUCUUGCAUCUCAAUGUCACUACUCUGGACUCACUUGUGCUAUACUCCCUCAGUACCAAGGUGGAGGAGGGAUGUAACCUAACCACAGUGGAUGAGAUUGCAGCAGUAGUGCAUCACAUGCUGACUCUCAUUGAAGCAGAGACUCAGAGUAACAGGCCAGCCCAAGAAAGCCCAGUGCUGUAGCCCGUGAUCCCUUUAGACAAUCCGCACAUGAUGUUUCUUAUUCUCUUUGUCUUCUUGAACUUUGGUGGGCCUUGUACUUACUGGGCUUAUAUUCUUAUAUGGCCCACUAUCUUGUUAAUAAGUAAUAAUAAGUAACAAC